AUGGCUUCAAGCUUGGUCCACUGUGAAUUGAUAGCUUCUGAACUGAACACCCUGACAACGAUACAACUGGAUGAAGAGCAUCAGGUUUUAUUUGCUCUUACAAACUAUUUUUUGACUCGAAUCGACUUGACAAAAACUAGCGACAACUCACAAAUUAUCUGUCAACACAAUCGAAAAGCACAGGGAGAAGAUAACGAAAACGAUGACUAUUAUUCCCAAGGUGAAUCUGACGAUGAAAUGCCUCGCGAAUCCGAUCCAUUCGAAGAUAGCGAGCCGUCGACGGAUGAUGAUGAAGAAACUAUUGCAGAUCGACGAAAUUGGCGCCGAUAUGCUUGGAGAACUUAUAAGUUGGACAAUCCAUGUUCAAUUUUAUUUUUGCCUGAAGAAAAUCGAUUGGUUGUACUCAAUGAAGGUGUGAUUACAUUCAUGACGAUCGAUAUGGAAAACGGGCGUCCAUUUGCUAAAGGUCCAUCGAUGAACAUUUUUUGCUUCGAUUACGAGAUAUUCACUCAAAAUAGCAUUCAACCUUGGUCGAUUGCACCAACUGCAACUGUUGGACUCUUUGUAUUCAGUCUACUGGAUAGCACUCAGCUUUAUUCGCUCGAUAUAUCAAAGGAAAGUCCAGUAAUCAAACAAAUGAUCAGGACAUCUGUGGCCUACUGUCCAAAUCUACUCUUUCAUUCACAAUCGAAUACACUUUUCGUCUAUGAUUCGACACAAUUAUUUGCUGUAUCAUUGACUGAUGGAACAGUUGCAACAGUCGAUUUUCCAAAGCUCGACAAGGAGCAUACAAUCAGUGCAAUAACUACUGACAAAAUGGGAUAUGUUUACAUCUUGACGGAAUUGACUAUCUUCAAAUGUACUUGGACAUCACAACUUCAUCCAGUUGAACGUCUAGAAAAAAUCGACGUACCACCCACUUGUGCGUAUAUGGUUGUUACAAAAGCUGGUACUGAUUUCUACUUAUCGGACACGAAUGCUGGUUCUAUUUAUCGCUGCAGGAAAGUAUCGGCAUGA